AUUUUGCUCUACUUAUUUCCUUUUACUAGAUCAAUUGUUUGUGUACUACCUCAAGUCUACAAACCCUAGUUACUAUCUUUGGAAUGGUAACCUGUUGUGAGUUCCAUUUUGUAAAUGUGUUGUUAAAAUUCCAAUUGAAUUGUUUAAAUUUAAAAAAAGAAAUGAAUCACAGCAGACCUGAGGGAGGCCUCCUCUCUUGAGCAGCAGGAAGAACUUGCUGAGAAAAGGGAGGUCAUCCUGUUACAGCUAGAUGUUGGGUACAGAGUCUGUUGCCUAUGAAGAGGGCCUCCUUUCACAUUAUGUCUCAAACUGUUGAUGUGAACAUGGAGCCUCUGAAAUGGCCAAUAGCUCCAGAUGGCUACAUCCCCAACUCUGUCAUCCGAAACUGGAGGAAGAAGAGAAAGGAUCUUAACAAGGUGGACUGUUGGGAGGAAAUCUUUUAUAGUUCUCAUCAGGUGAAUCAACCCACAGCAAAGAAUGAGGAGCAAGUGAGCACAAGAGUUUUAUGGAUCACACAAGAUGAGGAGGAAGAAGAAGAAAAGACAGAUGAUGUGAAAUGGAGAAUGGAAGAAGAGGAAGAUGAGAAAAAUGAGAAAGCCAAGAAGGAAAAAACAAAGGUGCAGGAAAAAGAAAGGGUGGAAGAGAAGAAAGCAAAGGAAGUACACAAGAUGGAAAGAUAUGUCCUUCUGACCCAGAUGAACACUAACACUACUCUGCGGAAUCAGCUGAAAACAUCUGAUGACGGACAGACGGAUGUGAAGCCUCAAAGGCAAGAAGUCGGCUCAACAGUUAUUACAAGAAAGACUGUGAACGUCCUACCAACCAUCUGUCCUGAAAAUGGACCUAAACAACACAGUGAGCAAACGGAACACACAAAGCUUCAUGAAACCAUCAAACCUCACGUCCAGCUGGGAACAGAAAGAGACUCUCUGUCCGAUAAACAAAGAACAUCCAGAUUAAUUCCUAAAGAGUGGCCGGAGCCUCCAUUGGAAAGUACUGUGGUGUCUGUAGAUGUUGUCCUCCCAAAGCAAGAACCCAGAACCUCGUACAUACCACCGAUAGAGGUCGAAAACGUGACUCCUUAUCCCAUGAAGGUUCCUCCUUCAACCCCAGAAGAUCCUCGACCCCAACUAGACCGUGGACCUCCUGAAUGCUCGCCAAGAAAGCGAGAGAUACAGAGAGGCAAAGGGUUCCUCCUUUCUUCGACCAAAUAUAACAACAUUAGAGACCAACUACAGGUAACCAUGGAUAAAAAAGUCUUGGAGCUCUUUAAAAAAUUGAAACUUGCCACCAAGAACUCAUCACGCCUUGGAAAGCGCUCCAACAUUGCUGAGCACCCAGCUACUUCUAAGGCUACGCAGGCCCGCAAAGGCUUCUGUCCUCCGGAUUCUAAGGCUACACACACUCUGCUAGACUUCUGUUCUCCAUGGGCAGCACAGUUGGCUGCUGGAGAGCAUCCAGUCAAGUCUUCCAAUGCCAGGCAACUUGCGGCAACCGUCCCAACAACAGGACAUCAGAGAGUGGUGCAAAAGAUCCAGAUGAAAGACGGUCUAGAACCAGCAUCCUUUCACUUCCACCAUGUGAUCCCAAUGGCCUCCCAGCAGAGCUUCUUUACUUUGAAUCCUUAUGGGACGACCCAGUAUGGAAGGCUUCAGUUUUAUUGGAUAAGGAGACACGAUGCGGGCAACCUGCUGAGUGUCUGCAGAUAGACCAACAACUCUGCUCAUAUAGCAUGCUUGGUUCUCUCUUUAUAGAUUGACUAAGAAACUGGCCAGCUCAUGAAUUAUUUCAUAAUGAGGUAUUUGGCUAAACAAUAAAAUCAUCUGUUGCAUUUAUACAAUAAUUUAGGUUCAAACUAUGGUAAUAGUGAUUGUUAGUUGGUUGGAUCAUUGCUUUGCCAUUUGAUUUAGACAUUCAUGUCCCCCCAAAUUAAUUCUAACAACUGUCUUAAUUGCCUGUUGAGUGUUAGUUCGUUGCAAGUAUGAAUUAAUACUUUGUGGUGUUAAUCAACUGCAACGAAUAUCUGAUCUGUCUGCUGAUAUAUGAUUAAUAACAAUACUAGGGAAAAAAAACAUGGACAGAUAUAACACAGCUUUAUUGACAUUUGUUUCAUUUGACACAAUGUUCACAUAGCUGGAAAACAAAAAACUCGUAAAUAUUUUGCAAUUAACAGAUUAUUGUUCUUGUAAUUGUGAAGUACUGUAAAUAAUUCUAAAUACAGAAACAUUGUAGGUUAAUUCAGAAAUAAAGCUGAAAAAAUAUGGCUAACGUUGCCUCACAAGGUUUAAAUUAAGUGUAAUAUUCAAAUAAAGAACUAUAAAAUAAAAGGAAGUACAAUCUGGCAUCCCGCUAAUACAGCUGGUAAACUGAAGUAGAAUGAAGGAAGAUAAACAACAACAAGAUAAAUAUAUGCAGAAAUGAUACAUUUAAUGAGAUGGCACUUUGAUAGAAACUAAGGCAAGUCAUUAAGGUGAACGAGUUCGGAAAUCUGUUGCUUUUGGAAACACUCCAGUUUUUGAUAUGUUUUUGAUAUGUGAAGUACAGUACAUUUUACAUGAAACAGUACAGCAAAAACAAAUGUUCAUUUUGUUGUUAAUUUUAUAAAAACAAGCAUUUUGAAUAGCUGUUGAUGAACCAUACAGACGUGCAUUGCAUUCACAAAAGUAUUCUCAUAAUAAUAAUAACUUAGUUUCGUAAGGAAGAAAAUGAAAAUUAUGAGAAACCGCCUAAUAAUUACAAGAAAAAUGUACCGUAAGUAUGAGGUCCAUAUCUUAUAAUUAUGAGAUACAGAUUAUUAUUAUACCGAUAAUUACGAGAUAUGGAUGUUGUCAUUAGGAUACUAAGACAAAAAUUACAAAAUUAUGAAUAAUUUUCCAUGAUGACAAGAUCUUCAUCUCGUAAUUAGGAGAGCUAUGUUAUAAUUUUGAGAGGCAGAAUUAUGCAAUAAGGGGUUUCAUUUUUCUUUUGUUUAUUGAAUGAAACAGUGCUUUAUUAGAAAUACACUACAACAUACUAUCUGAAUGAAUGAGACCGUAACGGCCAGUCAGUCAGUGUAAUGAGUGUAGCAAGACAGCUGUAAAACACUGUUGGUGAUGGUUUAUGGAAAUAAUCUGUAUUUUUUUCAGUUAGGUUAACAACAUUAGUUUGCAUCUCUAGCAAAACGGUAAUUCAACCUAUAGCCAGUCCAUGAAAGCCAAUGAGUAGGUUUGCUGCUCUGCUCUUUUGAGCAGUUGAUUAUACUACUGUAUAUCCACAACUGGACAUCGCAUUUAAAAAUCACAAGCUCACAGUUGAUGCUUAACGCGUUGCUGCAAGCCAUUCUCUAGUGAUAACGCAUUACAGAUGCAAUAUCAGCAAAGCAUGAUCAGGAGCAAUUGUUGCUAUACAAAAGAAUAUCUGAGCUGAAAACUAAAAACAGAUGCCGGGACUGCUCCAGUGUUACACACGUCAUCUCCAGUCAUGCAGUGGGACUGCAUUUCAUAUUAGGUUCAGUACAAAGCAGCUGUACAGCUAAGCAUCACUAGCUGGGCAACAGGUGGGGGAAACAAAACAAAAAGCCUCCAGCUUUUUAUCAUGUGUAAUAAAUAUAUUCUCUAUCUGUAACAUAUUCUUAAAAGCAGUGAACCUCCUCAGUUGAAAAUGUUCCAUUCAACAUGAGCUGAAUGAAGAAGUGAAAUUACUUUUCCAGGAAGCCAAUAUGAUAAAACACCAUUCAAUCUGAGACCUACUGUACAGUACUGGUGGUCAGGGAGUAGCUCAAGAAAGAAAGUCAUAGCGAUUAUGAUUGGCAUUUCUUAACUCUUCACACGUCAACAAGGCCGACUUCACUGUAGUGUUAGCUGCUCUGAACUACAACAUGGGAACACAUGCUCUGAAACUCAUCUUUGGUUCCAUCAAAAGUCAGCGUUUUCAAAUAACAAUGCAGCUAAGAGCAGAAAGAAGAACUCUGGGUUAACUCCUCUUUUUAGCUGCAUGUGGGGAAAAUUAAUAAAGGCUGAUGAGGCUGGGUUGUGAGGGAAAUAUUUUGAAAAUGCUGAAUUUUAUUGGCAUUCCUUCUACUGAUACCGCUACUAUGCUGACAUGCUUU